CCUAACAGAGGGGCCGGACAGGCCACGGAACAGGCGAACCUGAUAACAAACCACUCCCAUUCAAACCAUCCUUUCAUUUUUUUUUUGGCAAGAGAGCGAACGUCAGUCGUGUUGACUAUAGAUCAUCGUCAGAACCGGGCCCGUUGACUCGGUCCUGUUCUAAUGCAGUGAACGGCGGACCAGCCACUGCGUUAUCGGCCAACAUUGAUUCGGAGUGGGACUACGGAGCGGAACCGGGGAUGGCAUCGCUCAGCCUGGGGCUGCAUCUCGCCCGCAAACGGGGAUCUUUCCGCAGCGGAGCGGUGGAGAGAAGGAAUCUUCUUACUGUAUGCAGGUUUUCUGUGAAGACCUUGCUCGACCGCUCUUGUUUCGAGACGAUAGAUGAUUCGUCUCCAGAAUUUAUCAAUUUUGUUUCCAUCCUGGAGCACAUUUUCAGUCACAGGCUCAAAGGUCAGGUGACAUGGUUUGGCUAUGAGAGCACCCGAACCUUCUGGGAUUAUGUUAAAGUGGCCUGCAAUAAGGUCCCACACAGUUGCAUACGUAGCAUUGAAAGCAUGGAGAAUGUGCAGUCGUCUCGGGCGAAGGGAAGGGCCUGGAUCAGGGUGGUUCUAAUGGAGAAAAGAUUUUCAGAAUACAUCUCCACUGCCCUGCGGGAGUUUAAAACAUCCAGGAGGUUCUAUGAGGAAGGAGCGAUCAUGCUUGGAGAGGAGGCUGGCCUGUUGGCUGACACCCUGAUUGGCCUCAACACCAUAGACUUCAGCUUCUGUCUGAAAGGAGAGGGGCUAGAUGGAGCGUACCCCUCUGUGAUCGACUACACGCCCUACCUGAAGUUCACCCUGAAUGCAGACAGUAUCAGUAGUGAUGAGGACGAGAUGAGGACUGUUGGGAGCAGUGGCAGUGAAAGCAGCACUCCUGACAAAAUGGCCACGGCAGCCGACAUCUUUACUGAGCAGAGCAGCCUGGUUACCAAAUGCAAACGCCUCGAACAAAAGUACCGCAUGGUGUUGGAACAAAAGAGUUACCUGGAAGACCUGGUCCGCCUGCGUGAAGUCCAACUGUCCAAGUCAAUAUCAAACAACUCGGCUCUAGAACAGCAGCUGGCAGACACACACUUAUCUCACAGCAUGGAGAAGGAGCAGCUUGAAUACAUUAUACUCGAGCUACAGAACCAACUGACCGUCCUGAAGAACAACGACCUCCGCUCCAGACAGGAGCUGACGGCCCACCUGACUAAUCAGUGGCCCUCUCCUGGUACCUUAGAUGCCAGCGCUGUUGCCUUGGAUACCCUGCUCUUCAGGAAAAGCACGGAGCCGUGGGAGGAAAAGAGCUUCCAGAGCCUGGAGCAGCUGUCUGUCAAUAUGAGUCUAUCCCAGACGUCUCUGGACCCUGCGCAGAGCCCCGGCGCGGAGACCAGGCCCGACGGGGAGCACUGGCCACAUCACGCUAAGGAGGAGACGCCCUCUCUGCGAGGUCUGUGUGGCUCCUUGACCUCAGUAGCCAGCUAUAAGUCUCUGGCCAGCCUGAAAUCCAGCGAAUGUUUGGCCAGUCCUACCACAGAGACAAGCACCCCAGGCCUGACCCCCUCCUAGGAGAUGGACACGUGGAGAGCAGUCAGGCCUUCCUUCAUACAAUCUUCAAAAACAAUGGUUCCACUGAUCUGAGUGGUAUUAUUUGUGUUGGAAUCUGUGACAAGUAGGACUCAAGGGGUGUUAAACCAUGGUGACUGUAAAGGUGAUGGUGCGCAAGAAUCUGCCUUUGCAUGUAGAGUUUGUAAUAAAUAGUGUUGAGAUGAUCUCUAACCACAUGUUCUGUGUUGCAUUCAGCUGUAAGACACCUUGUGGGAGGCUUUAUUUGACGUGGUUAAUUGGUGUUGUCAUCUGUGGUUCAUCACAUUGUCUCCUCACGCCUAUCUUUUCUUAAAGAUAAACAUUGAAGUCAAUCCAAAGUUAGCACAGCAACUUUUUACUACCGACGAGCUAUUUAAGGGAAAAAUAAUUUAACAAAAAAAGGUGUUGAGGUUGGGACAUAUUGCAAAAUUGUUCCCAUAUCAGAUGUUGCACUACAAAGUCCCCUCUGUUUGGCCACUUUUAAACUGUUUCUUUUAUCUGUGCUCCUCGUUUGGAUUGACUCAGCAUUUUUUCAGCCAUUUAACAAUUUAUCUGUCUAUUGAAGUAUUGAACUGUUUGGUUCUCAGGUAAAUAUCACAAGCCCUGAUACUCCGAGUUAUAAUUUGGGGAGGUGAUCGCACUGACUGUAUUAUCUUAAUUCAGAAAUUUACACAUUUUUGCUUUUAUAUAUAACUUUCUUUAUUCUUAGUUGUUUUUUUUAACCCAAUUGUCCUGAAGGAGUAACUUAAUAAAUGAAGUGCUGCCAUCACAUAUAAAGAUUUGUUAGGACAGGGUUUAUGACCAGUUGUGUACUUGGAGAGUGAACUUUUACCUUUCUACCUUUUGCCUUUAGCUAAUCACAGCGGCCAUUUGCACCUAGAUUGAUUGAAUGUGCUUAUUUAUUUUUUCUGUCUGUUGAAAUAAAAUGUGAACCAAGUCGAUUGCUAUGAUAUUGA